CAGGUUUGUCAACAUCCUUACGCAGGUAUGAGAAGCUGGGGAGCUGAAGCAGUUACAUCUUUAGUAAAGGCAGCAUUAGGUUAUAAAUUUGAUACCCCACUCAACGAAAACCUGAAAUUACAGAAGACCAUACUACAACCUAUACAAGAAAUCUCAUCCACUAACUAUUCAGACAUUCGGCAGAAACAACUAGAAUGUGUCUUACAGAUCUUACAUAAUAACGGUGAUCAACUUCUACAUGGCUGGCCUCUGAUUUUAGGGGUCAUUGGUGCUGUUAAUGACAAUCAGGGAGAAAAAUUGGUGCAGACGGCGUUCCAGUCACUACAAGUAGUAGUCACUGACUUCCUUCCCAUAAUUCCAAGCAUAUAUCAACAAGUCUGUGUAGAGGUGGCUGGAAGAUUUGGACUACAGAAUAAAGAAUUGAAUGUCAGUUUAACAGCAAUUGGCUUGUUGGUAAGUUUCAGAUAUUUAAUGGUUUCUUUGUGUAAAGUAAGGAUUAUUUUACCUUUUGACCGUACAGAUUAA